AGAUUUAAUCUUUAAACUAAAGAUUUCUUUAAUUAAAAAGAUGGUGAACACAAGAAGUAUGCCAUAUACCGGAGGAGGAGGAGGAGGAGGUCUUCCAUUUUGGCUUCUAAGGAUCGUUUUCUGAGGCCAGUUUUUUGGAAAAGGGAACAAAAAUGGCUCCUAACUCUGGUGGAUUAAUGUUUAAACCUAGUCUUCAACAAAAGGACUGGAGGAAGGCCUUCAGAAGUUCUGAAAACCAAGAAAAGAUCCACUGUUUCUAAUCGCUGCUAAUCAUGUUACUGGCACUCCAACCCCAUUGAUAAGCUUCCGAAGACUGGUCAAGGCCCCGAAAUGCUCCAGUUACCCACAAAUUGGAAGAGUUCAAGACCCGCCCGCAGAAGCUAUUGUCCGACCGUCUUAGCAAACAGAAACCGAUGCGAUAUGGGAUAUAUACACUAUAUAUAUAGAAUAUAUCGCACUAAGUGGGUGAUAGUUAUGUUGGACAUUUGUUUGGCUCGCAGCCGGAGAGCCGCUGGCUUAUCUUAUCGGGCAUGGUGGAGCGGAGCGAAGUGGGUGUUGUGUGCGGUAGUGGUGGUGGUGGUGGUGGUACCCCGCACGAUAAGCAACCCGUCCCGGCCCUGCCAGGCCCGGGUAUUCCGAUUCUUGCUACUCGCCCAGUCAGUUGAAAUCGGAGCUGCCUGCGAAUUAUCCAGUGUACACUACGAGCCGGCAAUCCAGAGCUUGAUACUGCGUCAUUUGGAGGAAUUCAGAGGAGUAGCCAGAGGAGGAGAAGAGGACACUGAGAAGGAGCAGCCACCAGAAGAAGCCGGACAAGUGGUGGUCACUUCUGUGGUCAGCUGUGGAGUUGCAGCUUCUGGAAGUUCGCACCUGAUACUCGAAAAGCGGAAGAGGGGCGAUAUCAAAAAUUCCCCUGACGUCACUUGCCACAACCGAGGCCGGGGAUCAUCGAGACACCGCUGGGAGUAUGAGUAGAAGGAGGAGGAGGAGGAGGAGCGCUGAAUAUCCAUUGCGAUAAGUCCAAGUGUAGUCAGCCGAGACCAAAUAAAUUCCCUGAAACAGGGAGCGAGUGAGAGCAACACGAGGAGGAGGAGGAGGAGUUAGAGGAGAACCUUUGCCAUGCAGGCGACUAACCAGCAUCGACCAGUAACGCCUGGUACUCCGGACUCGGCGCACAUAGUGAUCGGUGCAGCGGGAUUUGUGGCCCAUGAGAGACGUCAUCCCGGCGGCGGUAAGAGCCUCAUGAAUUGUUUUCGCGAUCGUUCCUCGACCUCGUCGUCAUCUAGCGCCCACCAUCCUGGCUACUUGCGCGGCCACAGUGUCACGGCGGGUGCACUGUACCGCCUGGAGACCGCCAGCAACUCCAGUGGCUCCAGCAAUCACCUGGACCGAGCCACCGGCGACUCUGGACGACCGGAGGCGGUGGUCCUGCUGCGCGAAUUGAAAUCCAAACCCAAUAAGCUGGCCCUGCUCAAGAGCAGCAGCACCAAGGAUCUCACCAGACUCUUCAUCGACGAAGGCACCAACACGACUCUGGUGGUGUCCAACACCAGCCUGGAUGUGUGCUCCUCGAACUCCAGCGCCACGAGCAGUCCGGCGGGCAGCAGACCCAAGGCCAGGGAUCGUGGCUCCGCCAAAGAAUGCUGCAGCACCUGCUCCAAGCGCUGGAGCGACCUCAAGCAACGGAUGAACACCCUGGAGCAGGAUCUGUUGGCGCAGACCUCCUACAGCCAGGAGUUGGAGGCGAAGGUGGGCGAGAUGAGCCGCCAGUUGGAGGAGCUGAUGCACGAAAGGGAGAAGGAACGAGAGCGGGAGAAACAGAGAUCCACAGCCGGUGGCGGAGGCAGUGGCAGUGGAGGUGCUACUGGAUUUGGGAAACGGAAUCGCAACGGCAGCACGGGCAGUCCCAACGUAAGACCCUCCCGCCUGGCCGCCUGGAUGAAUCUGGCCAACUGGUUCAAGAGCCGGCCCAGCGUGGAGACGCUCCGCGAGAAGCGCAUCUUCUUCGACGAGCCGUGCUUCGAUACGGAACUGGAGCUGGUGCUCAAGCACGACCAGCAUCGGACCGUGCCCCGGAUCGUGGUGGACUGCUGUGAUCUCAUCGAGCACAAGUACCGCCGAUCCACGCAGCCCAUCGAGGGCAUUUACCGACAGUGCGGUGACUACAACAAGAUCCAGACCCUGCGCUUCGAUAUCGAUGCCAACGACUACGAGGCACUGCGUCAGCCGGAUGUGGAUAUCCAUACGCUGACCGGAGUGCUCAAGCUGUUCCUGCGCGAGAUCAAGAGUCCGCUGGUGAGCGUCAACGAGGCCAAGACCUUCAUCGGAUUGCCCAAUCAGUGGUUGCUCGUCGAUCUCUACGUGAAGCUGGACUCCCUGAAGAGACUGAUCCGCUCGCUGCCGGAGAGUAAUCGGGACACCAUGGACUACAUCUUCGGGCACUUUAAUAGGUUAACCAAAGUGCCGCUCCAACAUAUCAGCGCAGAAACUCUGUCCAUUUCGGUGACGCCGUCGAUAUUCCACACGGUGCCCCAGGGAGCCCAUCUCCAGGACAUCCAGCAGCUGCUGCGCGAGGGCGAAACUCUGGCCGACUGCGUCAAGCUGAUGAUAGAGUACCACGGGAGGAUUUUCGAGUAAGUGAAGCAACCCGAGCCGAGGUCGUCCCUCCCCUCCCGAUGGUGAUUGGUGAUGGUGCUUUGCUUCCCACUCCGCUGCUCCCGUUCUCGCCUCUGUGUUAUUGUGGUCGUCUUUGAAGUUUCUUGCUAAACCACCAUUCUGAAUAUUCCGAAACUCGAACCCGUCCUGUUCCCAACCCCCAUCCUCCACUCCCACGUCGAUCCAAUCUACAGAAACACCGCCGAUCGCCGCCACCGUCGCCUGAGUGUCCGGAACCUGAAGAAGACGCUCUCCCAGCCGGAUCUCUUUCACAAUUUGUUCUGAGGCGGAAGCGGGCAGGAUGCAGCCACUCCUUGGAGGUCCUGUGCAUAGCAGGGAACUAAACAGGGAAGAUAUUUUCUAUUUUUUUUUAGUAAUUGUAACUAGUAUUAAUAUCUAAAUGUAAACCAUGACUAACUAAAUGAAUCCGCAAGAGAAUCGCUUGUA